CUGGGAAGGCUUAUUCUCUAUUUUUUGGGUUCUUGUGUGGAGAGGCGACCCCAAACUUGAAGCAGCUAAAACCCUAAAACUUGAACGUUUCAAGAAGCAUGGAUUCCAAAUCUUCAAACUUUAAGAUUAUAUUGGGAUCAUCUUCUGUUGCCCGUCGGAAAAUACUUACUGACAUGGGAUACGAAUUUAAGAUCAUGUCUCCAGACAUUGAUGAGAAGAAUAUCAGGAAAGACAAGCCUGAAGAUUUGGUAAUGGCCCUUGCAGAAGCAAAGGCAAAUGCUGUUAUACAAAAGAUUCAAAAUGCUGAGACAAUAGAGAAGAAGGAUGAUGACAAACCAACCAUUUUUAUUGCUGCUGAUACAGCAGAAGCCAUCAUUCCAAAACUUUCAGUAGGCGAUAGCCAGAAGGAUGCUGAACCAACUAUACUAAUUACAUGUGACCAAGUGGUUGUUUAUGAAGGAAAGGUUAGAGAAAAGCCAUCCUCAAAGGAGGAAGCACGCCAAUUCAUCAAAGGAUACUCUGAUGGGCAUGCGGCAACUGUGAGCUCUGUUUCUGUCACAAAUCUCAAAACUGGAGUCAGGAAAGGAGAAUGGGAUAGAGUGGAGAUAUAUUUCCACACAAUACCAGAUAACAUUAUUGAGAGCUUGAUUGACGAAGGGAAUGUACUGCAUGUUGCCGGGGCGUUGAUAAUUGAGCAUCCAAUGAUAGUUCCAUAUGUUAAAGAAGUGGUUGGAACGACAGAUAGUGUGAUGGGACUCCCGAUAGCGGUUGUGGAACGAUUGAUGAGGGAUGUGCUUUAAUGAUGUUUAAUCUUGUUUUAUUUGAUUGAAUGGGUUGAGGAAGACAUUACAUUUUAGUUGAAAAUUAUUGCUAGAUUAGAUCAAAGAUUGAUGAUGGAGAAGAAGGAUUUCAUACAAAUACUUCUAUUUUGAUCAUUGAGAUUCAUCUUAAUCUUGGGUAUUUGAUAUUUGA